AUGCUAAACUAUGGCGCCGCCCUACAGGACCUGUCGGACGAGAAAAUCUUGUCGCGACUAAAAGAUUUCAAUUGCGAGUGGCUCUCCAGGCCCAAUAUUGCCAUUUCCGAGAUGGCACAAACCAUCAAGGACAACUGGCCCCUGAUAGAAAAACAGAGCGGCACAGUAUUCACCCGUAAGUUUGUACAGGAUCUUGGCGCUGUGGUGCUCCCCCUCAUGGACACCUACGCGCGUCUUGACAACAAGGACAAUAGUACGCACGAUCCGCUGACUCAUGAUGGCGCCCUAGAAGUCGUGAACGUUAAUCCUGAUGUCGAACAGCUCAUGGUGACUGCCUUCAAUGCGGCGGGACCUGUGUUGAUGACCAGCAUUCAGAUGCUGGCCGUCAAUGCACUCCUCCACAACGUAAACAACUUCGCG